AUGACUUUGUAUCAAUGCGACUGUGGAUUCGGCAGGACAAGCGGAGCCACCGGAACGUCAAUCACACAUCACCUCAAAGGAAAGCACAGCUACGAGGUGAACGCAGCUUCAUCAGGCAACUUUUUCUGCAAUGCCUGUACGAAAGGAUCUUAUGGUAGCGGCAAGCGAUUUGCUUCCUUUGAGGAUCUGUUGGAGCAUUUGGAAGACAAGCAUUGCUGUGACUGCAUUUCCAAGUCGGACUGCUGGGACUAUACCACAGGACUGUAUAAAUGCGGUGAAUGCAGUUUUGGAUCUUCAACCGGAGCGGUAGCGGAAAACAUCGUCUACCACAUCAAAGGAAACCAUAAUGUGGAUGUCGGCAUUAGCAGCUCCGGGUACUUUUACUGCAACGAUUGCGGCUCCUUUAGCCGCGGUAGAAAGUUUGACAGUUGCGAUGAUCUGAUGGAACACUUGGAGAAUCACCAUGGCCUGGAGAAGCCCCGUCAGUUUCUUGGAUGA